UAAAACGGAAUGUGACUUCUAAGCGCGCUAUUCGCUUCAGUGUAUUGGUGUACUCACUCCAGCUAACAGAAUCAAGGAGCAGUACUUAAAUUAACAAAACUAUGAAUGGCAAAGUAUGAGAAAACCACGAUAAAUGUACGGAACUAUUAUAGUGAUUAUUUAACCAAUUAUUUUAAUUCAGAAACGGAAGCGUCCGAUUUUCUUGACCAACUUCCGCCAGAGAUACUAUUGCAUAUUUUCUGUUUUCUCAACCUGGACGAGCGUUUAAGACUAGCAUGUGUAUGUAAGUCUUGGAGAGAUUUAAUCCACAACACACCCCGCUUGUGGCGCAACAGCCACCUUAAGCUGUGUUGCCACCUCGAAUGUUUGCAAUGGAAAAGAGCAUUCUCUUCCGUAAAGCGAUUCGCAAAUCAUUUCCGGGAAUUAACAAUUUCCUGCACUCAUCACAAUAACCACACUGGCUGCAAAAUUCUUGCCGUGGAGUUCCGAAACCUUCUGCUUUGUAUACAUGAACCGGUUCUGACGUCAUUGAAGAUAACUGAUCUACGACUGCAGGGUUCUCUGUCUCGCACCGUGUCCGAUAUCAGUGCUAUUCUGACGUGCAUGCUCUCUAGCCUUGACCGUCUGAAGUGUUUCAAAAUGUCGUCUGCGCAAUGGCCGCUCCAAGAAGGCAUCAAGGUCAUGGACACCGUCUUGACCGUGUCCCGAGGAACCCUCCAGUCUCUGGUCAUCGACGGGUUCUUUGAGGCGACUUCUUUAGCCCAGAGACCGGCUGAGUUUGACCGAGUGACCAACGGCAUCCUUUCUCUCAACCGCCUGACUAAACUAGGCAUCGACUACGGUCUUCUGACGGAUGAAUUUGUGGCUGCGCUAUCCAGAUCACACGCAGGGCAGAUUAGUAAAGUAAAACUAGUCAUAAGCGGGUUAAAGGAUUGCCACUUGCCUAAGAUCUCACACGAAUGUUGGUUAAAAUUGACUAAGGCUUGCCCAAAAAUGAAAGUUGCCUUUAAUUUGGAUGUCUGGGUUUUAGACUAUUCACAAUCUAACAUGGAUAUAUUAGAUCCUGCCUUACCUAUCUACAAGCUGAGGCUGACUUAUGGGUUAAGAUACGAUGUUGAUUUCUGGAACUACGAUUAUGCUAGUGUCAAGCUGAAAUAUAUCGUCAAACAUUUCAGGCACUGUCUUGUAAAACUGGAGGCCGAUAUAUUCAACGAAGAAGACGAUUUACUUUGUAGCAUAUAUUACAAUCCUGAAGUAAUUGACGGGGCAGUUGUACACCUUGUGAAACAGUGUUACCGUUUAAUGCAAGUAAAGUUCUCAGCUCUCUUCGAAAACCCUGAGAAGGUUGAAACUGCUGUCAAGAAGGUGACGCAGGCGAGGCUAAUGCGAGAGAUGAGAACGAGCAUCAGCAAGAAACGACGUAACACUGAACAGGCUAGUGGCCCGGGUACGAACGGAUCAAAUCCGCAGACAUCCAAGAAGAUCAAGUUGCAGGAUACUGCGACUUGGAUCUUAUGCAAGAAAUGUUUUUAAAUACUCUAGCUCUGAGUUAUUUGUAACGGGAAUGCUAACAAUUACUUAUAAUCCCACCUUUUUUUUUUACUUUAUUUUAUCUGAAAUCUAUUUUUAUACUCCUCUUAUUUUACUAAGGCUUAGCGUUUAAGAACAUAAUUUGUCAUUGUUUUAUGAAGAAUAUCAACUAAAAUACAUCGAUGUUAUCAUU